AGACCCCGCCCCUUUCCUGGGCGGGGCCAAGGCUGGGGCAGGGGAGCCAGCAGAGGCCUCGCUCGGGCGCCCAGUGGUCCUGCCGCCUGGUCUCACCUCGCCAUGGUUCGUCUGCCUCUGCAGUGCGUCCUCUGGGGCUGCUUGCUGACCGCUGUCCAUCCAGAACCACCCACUGCAUGCAGAGAAAAACAGUACCUAAUAAACAGUCAGUGCUGUUCUUUGUGCCAGCCAGGACAGAAACUGGUGAGUGACUGCACAGAGUUCACCGAAACAGAAUGCCUUCCUUGCGGUGAAAGCGAAUUCCUAGACACCUGGAACAGAGAGACACGCUGCCACCAGCACAAAUACUGCGACCCCAACCUAGGGCUUCGGGUCCAGCAGAAGGGCACCUCAGAAACAGACACCAUCUGCACCUGUGAAGAAGGCCGGCACUGUACGAGUGAGGCCUGUGAGAGCUGUGUUCUGCAUCGCUCAUGCUCACCCGGCUUUGGGGUCAAGCGUAUUGCUACAGGGAUUUCUGAUACCAUCUGCGAGCCCUGCCCAGUCGGCUUCUUCUCCAAUGUGUCAUCUGCUUUCGAAAAAUGUCACCCUUGGACAAGCUGUGAGACCAAAGACCUGGUUGUGCAACAGGCAGGCACAAACAAGACUGAUGUUGUCUGUGGUGAGUCCUGGACAAUGGGCCCUGGAGAAAGCCUAGGAAGGUCCCCAGGAUCGGCUGAGAGCCCUGGUGGUGAUCCCCAUCAUCUUCGGGAUCCUGUUUGCCAUCCUCUUGGUGCUGGUCUUUAUCAAAAAGGUGGCCAAGAAGCCAACCAAUAAGGUAGGUCACCCCUGAGAACCGGGACAGAGUUUUGACGAAUUGGGAAGAUGGCCUCACGGUUGCCUAUGGGGCAGUAAAACUGAUUCACAGUCUGUCCCUGCAGCCAGUGGGGUGACAGCAGAUUUGGGGACUCUCACCCCCACCCACCAUGCUCCUUCCAUCCAGAGCUCAAUCCCCCACAGAACUGCCCCUGGCACCACUGGCAGAGCCUAACACUGGCUGUUCUUCACUCCUUUCCUGGCAUUCAACGCGUGGGGAGCUGCAUCUUUGGGCCUUGAGGCUGGGUCAAAUGGGUGGGAGCAAAUGUGGCAGCCCCUUAAGCCCACUGGCUCCCACUCUGGAAGCUCUUCGUCGCCCUUGGUGUGGCCAGCAGGGGGCAGGAGGCGCCCGAGGAAUCAGCACUGACCCGCCGUCUGGGAAAGGGAAGAGGGCUUGGGGAAGGGAUCCGCUUCCCAGGGAGGGGCUCCUCAGAGGCACAGCUGCCCCUGUUGCUGGGGGUGACCUCACACCUUGCCUUUACAGGCCCCCCACCCCAAGCAGGAACCCCAGGAGAUCAAUUUUCCCGACGACCUUCCUGGCUCCAACACUGGCGCUCCAGUGCAGGAGACUUUACAUGGAUGCCAACCGGUCACCCAGGAGGAUGGCAAAGAGAGUCGCAUCUCAGUGCAGGAGAGACAGUGAGGCUGCACGCACCCAGGAGUGUGGCCACGUGGGCAAACAGGCACUUGGCCAGAGAGCCUGGUGCUGCUGCUGCUGUGGCGUGAGGGUGAGGGGCUGGCACUGACUGGGUAUAGCUCCCCCCUUCCGCCUGCACCCCUGCAGUUUGAGACAGGAGACCUGGCACCGGAUGCAGAAACAGUUCACCUUGAAGAACCUCUCACUUCACCCUGGAGCCCAUCCAGUCUCCCAGCUUGUAUCAAAGACAGAGGCAGAAGUUUGGUGGUGGUGGUGGGGGGGUAUGGUUUAGUAAUAUCCACCAGACCUUCCGAUCCAGCAGUUUGGUGCCCAGAGAGGCAUCAUGGUGGCUUCCCUGCGCCCAGGAAGCCAUAUACACAGAUGCCCGUUGCAGCAUUGUUUGUGAUAGUGAACAACUGGAAGCUGCUUAACUGUCCAUCAGCAGGAGACUGGCUAAAUAAAAUUAGAAUAUAUUUAUACAACAGAAUCUCAAAAACACUGUCGAGUAAGGAAAAAAAAGCAUGCUGCUGAAUGAUGGGUAUGGAACCUUUUUAAAAAAGUACAUGCUUUUAUGUAUGUAUAUUGCCUGUGGAUAUAUGUAUAAAUACAAUAUGCAUCAUAUAUUGA